AUGGCAAUAAUCAGGACUGCUGUGUCUAUUUCUGUGUUUAACAUUCUCUGCUGCAUUGCUUUCAUCAUUUUUAAGAUUCUUUUGUUUUAUGACUUUGUGGAGUUGAAUAAGAAGCAGUAUGAAGUAUUUUGGAUAUUUUCGUAUCGACCGAGAGCUUUUUAUGAAUUUGGGUACAUGAUGGUCUUUGAGACGACUGGAUACUUUUUUGCUAUUUUAGCUAAUUCAAUGCUGAUAUUGUGCAUUAAUACUGCUAAAUAUAAGAACAGCUUUUUCUUCUUCCGGAUUUACUACAUAGCUACAAUAUGGCUCAUAGUUGCCACAAUGAUCCAAGCUGUCCAACUGGAACUGUUUGUCUAUGGCCUGUUCUCUGGAUUGAACAUUUUCUUCCUUUACGUCGUGGCUACAAUUGAGGUUCGGAUUAGGAAGCAGAAAUUUGAAAAUUGUCAAUUUGAUGUGGUUUAUUGA